AUUGACAAACAAGUGACAAAAGGUGGGCCCUUUCAUGGGAAUAAUGGUUCAGUAAAUGAUGUUUUAAUGGUUGGUGAGAGAGUGGCAUGUAAUGUAAAUAUGCAUACAUCUGGGGUUGAUUUGGAAUGGGAAAAUGGUUUUGGUUGUGUUACCCAAGAGAUUCAAACACCAAUUGUAGGACAAAAUACUAGAAAUUGUGCACAAGCACAAGGAAGAACCGAAGAAGAUGUGAACAGUGGUGAUGAGUAUAUUGAUGUUCCUUGGUUAACCGACAAUGAGGAUGAAGAGUGGCAAGUAGCAAGGACUCAAUACAAGGAUAAUGUUAAGUUAUAUGGAGAUGAGGUUGAUAUAGAUGGGGCUUUAUUUGAUCCAACUGAAGCAUUUGUUGAUGGUGGCCUCAGUGACUCAAUUGAUUCUAAUGAUGAGGUCAGCUUUGUUACAACUAGUGAUAAUAGUGAGGCAGAGGAAGCAAGAAGAAGGCAAUCACUGCACAAGGUGUUCAAUGACUCCACUGUCAAUUCAGAGUUUGAAGUAGGAAUGAUUUUUUUGAGUAGGAAGCAGCUUAAAGAUGUUGUUCUAGCACACUUUAUUUAUUUGAAAAGAGAAACAAUCUUGAAGAAGAAUGAUAAAAAAAGAGUUAGGGCUAUAUGUGCAGAUAAUAAGUACAAUUGGGCUUUGCUAUUGUCUAUUGAUGAUGCAAGGCAUAAGGGUCCUCUCUCACUGCUAGAGGAUCUUAGAAGAAAGUGCAGCAAAAAGAACAUUGGAAAGUUGGAGUUUGCUAAUAAACAGUUCAAAGGGAUGACUAAAGUUGAUCCUCCAAUUCCAAAAAACACACUGGGAAGGCCUAAGAAAAAGAGACGUUUAGAAGAAUGGGAAAACACUAGUGGAUCAACCUUGAGUAGAAAGGGAAGGGUUGAAGAUUCUUCAAUAAAUGCUCAAAAUCAAGUUCCAUUAGAUGUCCAACCAGCUGCUAAUGUUCAACCAGAUUCUAAUGUUCAACCAGAUUCUAAUGUUCAAGCUCUUCUUAGUGUUCAACAAGUUACUGAUGUUCCAGCUCCUGUUAUUAUUGAAUCACAUUAUGAUAUUCAAUUUCCAGUAGGUGCUCAACAAAAUUCUGAUGUCCAACCAACUUCAAUAGCUUUUGAGUCAACUGUAAUAGUUUUGAAAAAAAACCUUCAAGGAAAAAACAAAUUGCAAAGAGUGUUGAAUUGAGUAAAAUACCUAAAGAGUUUAGGAGAACAAGUAGGUCAAGGGUGAAAAAGAGUACUCCAAUAGUUGAAGAUGGGGUGAACAACUCUUUCAACAUUAAUAAGAAUGCUACUAUAAG